GUCAAUUCCAAGGAGUAUAUAAGGCACCCACCUUAACUUCACGUUUUCUUCUUCAGUUCAGUAGCUCCUGCCUCCUGCUCCCUCGGCACCAACUCAAGCUCUUUUCGCCAUGGAUUACAUGAAAACAAUAGUCCCUACGAACCUCUUCACCGAGCGUGGCUCCAAUAUCGUCGUCAUCAAUCCAGGUUCCGCAAAUAUCAGAAUUGGAUUGGCUAAUCAGGAUACUCCAUUCAAUGUACCUCAUUGCAUUUCCCGUCGCACUACUCAAUUACCUAAACGACAUGUUCAAGAUCAAAUGCUGAAUUCUCAGGUUACAACUGCACAACAUAUGGAGCGGGAAAGAGCAUAUGACAUGAUUGCUUCGCUGUUGAGAAUUCCAUUCUUGGAUGAGGAGGUAGCUAACAGUUCUUAUCCACGCAAGAUGGGGCGUGUGGAUGCAUAUCCUCUGCAGAAUAACACGAAAGAGCCAGAGUUCACUUGGACUGAUGUUUUAGAAAAAAAUGUCCCUCAUUCUUCAACAAAGGCAGUAGAAAGCGAACCCAACGAGGGUGGUACCAGCGAAGACCCCACUCUGAAGGAAAGCAAGAUUAAGGUUGAAUCUAAUUCCAGUGAACGUAAAUAUAGACAGUACAUAUGUGGAGAGGAAGCUCUACGAAUAUCCCCAACUGAACCAUAUUGCUUGCACCGUCCUAUACGCCGAGGUCAUCUAAAUAUAUCUCAACAUUACCCUACGCAGCAGGUUCUUGAAGACCUGCAUACCAUCUGGGAUUGGAUUUUGGUUGAGAAAUUGCAUAUUCCUCAUAGCAUGAGAAACAUGUAUUCUGCAAUCCUUGUUCUUCCAGAGACAUUCGACAGUCGUGAAAUUAAAGAAAUGCUUUCUAUCGUGUUGCGUGACUUACGGUUCAGCUCAGCAGUAGUCCACCAGGAAGGUCUUGCUGCAGUUUUUGGAAAUGGUUUAUCAACAGCAUGCAUUGUCAAUAUUGGUGCUCAAGUGACAUCUGUUAUCUGUGUUGAGGAUGGAGUGACUAUACCCACGACACAGAUAUCUUUACGUUUCGGUGGAGAGGAUAUAUCAAGAUGCCUUCUCUGGACUCAGAGGCAUCAUCAAACAUGGCCACCAAUUCGGACUGAUGCCCUGUCAAAGCCUGUAGAUUUGCUAGUGCUUAACAGACUUAAGGAGUCCUACUGUCAGAUCAAAGAGGGGGAAGUAGAAGCUGUUGCUAUGGUACAAUCAUAUGAAGAUGGAAUGCCACCUGGAUCUCAUAAGACAAGGCUGACUGCUCUUAAUGUUCCUCCAAUGGGUUUAUUUUACCCAACACUUUUGGUUCCAGACGUCUAUCCUCCGCCACCACGUUCUUGGUUUAAUGAUUAUGAUGAUAUGCUUGAGGACACAUGGCACAUGGACUUCCCUGGUGGUAGUGCAUUUCCUAUGUGGGAGAGCUACCCAAUUUUUCAAACAAAGCCAAAGAAAGAAGAUAAUAUUGGUGUAGCUGAAGCUAUUACAAAGAGCAUUCUUUUGACAGGGCGUAUUGACCUACAGAGAAAGUUGUUUUGCAGCAUGCAACUGAUAGGUGGAGCUGCAUUGAGUGAUGGUCUCAUUCCUGCUGUGGAGGAAAGAGUAUUACAUGCAAUCCCUUCACAUGAAGCAAUUGAUACUGUGGAGGUCUUGCAAUCUAGAAUGAAUCCAGCUUUUGUGUCAUGGAAAGGCGGAGCAAUCCUCGGCAUUCUUGAUAUUAGUAGGGAUGCCUGGAUUCAUCGAGAGGACUGGAUCAGAAAUGGGAUCCACAUUCGCAGUGGGAGAAAGUACAAGGAUUCAUAUUAUCUUCAAGCUCAGGCAAUGUGUUAUCUAAACUCAUAAUAGCUUCCUGCACGGUUAUGAGAUUGAGAAGACGGAAACUGGGGCUUGAGGGCCACAUUUUCUUCCGUCUUUGUGGCUUUUGUUGAAGACACAGGAACUGUACGCCUGACUCCUCCCUCCCGACUCGUUUGGUUAAUGCUUGUUAUCAUCUCAUUCUGGAGUACAUAGUAACACUUGUGAAAGAGGAUAUCGACAGUCCUGACAAUCAGUCAAGAAAAGUUAUCGCUGAUCGAGUCCAAUCUGGAGUACAUUCUGGGUAACUAAGUUACUGUAACGAGUAAUUUAAGUCUUGCUAACCAUUGUUUUCUAGUAGCUGAUAUAUUGAGCCCUCAAUGUCAUUCAACUGAAUAUCAAUUUUGACGAUUCAAAAUCCUAGUAGUUGCACGUCGUUGUUCAUGCUAGUUGCUAUGUACCAUUGCUGUUCCGCAGCCGACAUAUUCACUCACUUCAGCCAGAUUAGUUUACCAGUUUCCUCUUUUUUAAUCAA